AUGAAAUUUUUCCUGAUUUCCCUAACUUUUCUAAUUCCUAUUCUCCCUAUCCAAUCUACCAAAUACAUUCCAAAAAUAAUCGAAAAUUUGAAAUCGGAGAAAAGCGCGUCGAAAGCUUUGGAAUAUUUGAGCGAGGAUUUUGUGUACAAAUUCGAAAAUGGCGCUGAAUACAAUCGAAAAAGUUUUGUGAAUGCGAUUUUGUUGGCAGCAAAUAAUCAAUUUGAAAUCGGAGGUCUUCAAUCGAUUUUGAAAUUCAAAUUUGAUUUUUAUAAGUUGGAAUAUGUUGGAAAUGGGAGAGUUACGACAAUUCUUGUGAGAAAAAAUGAUUUGAAAAUUACAGAGAUUGAUAAAAAAGUUAUUUCAUUUUGA